GUUAACAGCUGAAAGAGUAUAUUAGUCCAUGAGAGAACUUUAUAAACUGUGUUCAGUAUUUGUGUUUAUAUUAAUCUUAUUGUAUAACUGAAUCGGAUAUUUUACCAGAAAUGAAUAUACAACAAAAGUUGGCAGUGUAAAGGAUUUCUUCAAUAUCACACAAUAUAAUUAUAUAAAUAACGUCGACGUAAACCACUGUGCUCAUUUACUUGUAUUUAGGAUUGAUUGUUCACGAUGCCACCUCAAUCAAUGAUGGACCAUAACUUCAACAUCCCGUCGUCAGAGCCACCAUCCCCGCUGCCGGAAACACGCAUCAAGUGUGUACUCGUCGGGGAUGGCGCCGUCGGGAAGACGAGUCUCAUAGUCAGCUACACCAUCAACGACUACCCGACAGAGUACAUGCCGACGGCAUUCGAUAACUAUUCAGUGGUCGUGACGGUGGACAACAAGCCCAUCCGGCUGCAGCUCUGCGACACGGCCGGCCAGGACGACUUCGACUCCUUACGGCCCCUGUGCUACCCCGAGACGAACGUGUUCAUGCUGUGCUUCAGCGUGAUGUGCCCAACAUCCUACCAAAACGUGGUAGACAAGUGGGUACCGGAAGUGCGGAAGCACUCCCCGGACGCGCCAAUCAUCCUCGUCGGCACACAGUGCGACCUCCGGAAUGACGUCAAAGUACUUAUAGAGCUCGCGCACUACAACGAGAAACCAAUCACCGAGGAGACAGCCAAACAGCUCGCUGAGCGCAUCGGCGCAAUAGACUAUGUUGAGUGCUCCGCGCUCACGCAGAAAAACCUUAAGGAGGUGUUCGAUUCAGCAAUUCUCUCCUCUCUUGACAUUUUCAAAAAGCCAAAACCCAUUAAGAGGAGAAUAAGUUUUAGGCGGUCAAGAAAAGAUAAGAAACGGACAGAAAAGAAACCCCAGCCUGUGAUUCCGAUGCGUCCUCUGUCAGACUGCAGUGUUAAAAAGGUGGGCUGGAAACGCUUCUGUUGUUUUGUAUGAUUGUGACUCUGUCCGUGCGGCAGAUCACUGGUCACUGUCACUCGCGAUACAUUUGCGCGGUGACCACAGACGCUUGAAAAUAGAGGUCAUUUCAGCCCAAUAGAUGAGUGGUGGCCUUCAUGUGAUAGUGACGUGAUACGUGACAGUGUUUCAUACCGGGAAAGGCAAUAUUACUUAAACAAGUUCAUUAACAUGUGAAAGUUGAUCAUGGUUUGAUGCUUACAAUAAUUGUUAUAUUUUCUAUUUUCAUGUACAUAUGUAAUUUAUUACAAAGUCUUUCAUAUGAUCAAAGAUCAAAUGUUGUAAGGUGAAAAAGAGUGAGAGAUAUGUGAGAUAGGCCAUGCGUAUGUGUGCAUGUGUGUUAGUGUGUUAGUUCCGCUUCCACAGGCCCGGUCUGGCCGUUAGGCGGCCGCGGACGCCUGCUACAUUGUCGUGCAUGUUUUGUUUGUUAGUCACACCAUUCCAUUCCAUAACUUCCGCUUGGCAAGGAACACAUUAGACUACUCGUUUUUGUUUAGUUUAAUGCUUUGUUUCUUUGUUAUCAAUUUGUUUCUACAGGUGCUUAUAUUGUAUGUUGUGAAUUUAGCAUAAUUUCAUAUCAACGAAUCUUUUUUGAAGACAAAUGCACCGUUUUCCAUGUUUUGUGCGCACUUAUGACCCCUUACUAUAACCCCUAAUAAGUUGACAACUAUACUUAUUGUAUAAGGGUGGUCGGGCUGACUAAAGACUCACGUCUUCUGGUGGUAGGGUUCUUGUAUUAACUCUGGUAACAGCACCAAGCCCCUGAUAUCCUAGGAAUAUUGGGCAGAUGUAACACUUGUAUAUCUUGUGUUUUGUUCUAACACCUCACCGUUCAACAAUGUCGAUGUCAAUAUCGACAAUGAUUCAGCACAGGAUAAGCACUAUCUAUAUGUAUGUGAUACUCUGGGAAGUUGGAAAGAGAAACACUGAUAAUUGGCAUUGAUUGUUUACGUAAACAACAAUCAUCAUUGUUUUGAAAGAAGGCUACCGUGCUAAUGUAAAUGUAAACCAUAGCGUGUACAUGUCCGACCAAGGUAUGCGGCUACAAGCUAUUGUGGGCAUAGUCAAUGUAUUAGUAAGCCAAAGUUGUUGACUAUAAUGGUCAUCAGUAAUAGAUGUAAACAAGAUAAUACGGACUAAAAUAGUCUUAAAAUACCAUUGUUUACAGAUAGAAUGGCAAGCAUUGUCGCCGGCUUGCGUGUUAGGUCCCUUAUACAAUAAUGUCUCUAUCAUUAACAUCUUGAUCUAGAAAGAAGUUGUAUCUUUAAAAAAAUCUUGGAGCUGGAAAGCUUAUGUGUGUCAUUUUAUAUUCCAUAUAAAACUCUAAACUGUGAGUCAAAUGUGUGCAAAACUUUAUUCAAUUGCAUGUAUAUAGCCUGUUGCUUCUGGCUGUAUAGAAAUAUACAAUGUAUAUGUUUGCUGUUUCGGCUGGCUUUGCUGAAUGAAUUUCAAAUAAUAUGUACAUAACAGCAUGCACUGCUGCUUAAAUGGUUUAAUGUCCUUACAUUUGACACCGUGACAUAGUUUAGGAGUCAAUGGCUGAUCUCCGAAAACACUGGUCGGUCUUCAUUGCAAGUUGAUUUAUCUGUUGAAAUAUGACAUUUACUAUAUUCUACGACAAAAUAAGACAUAAUUUAUUCCAUAGCUCGUUAGCUUAUUUGAUAAAAAGCAGGAUUGAAUAUAUUAACAAGCAUUAUAGCCUUCUUUCCUUUGAAAUCCAAGCCGUAGUUCAUAAAUGUGUACGGCGUUCGUCAAAUAUAUUUCGUGUUCAUUUGAUGGUAAGGAUUUUCAAAACAAUAUUAAUGCCAAUUUUAGUUUCCAUAUAAAUCUUAUACUUGAAAUAAAAUGUCAUCCAGGCGCAAACCACUUUGAUAAAGUUGCCAACCAGGCGCACAUCAUUCUGUACUGGGCAUUGUUAAAAUAGAAACCUUGCCGAUCAUUUCUGAGAAAUGUGUACAGAAUAAUUCGACACUGCAAUAAGUUGUAUUAAGAUGUUAUGUGCUAAAGUCAGUUCAAAGAUAUGUUCUGCAAUACUGAUGUUAUCUCUUUGUUAAUUGAAGAUCUAUAUUAUAUAUUUACUAUUUUCAUAGAAAUUGUUCCUCUUUGUCUGAAAUGCUUUGUUUUCUAUUCAGAAAAAAGUAAUUUAAAGCAAAAAAUAAAAUAACGAAACUUA